CUUUCGGAAAAGCAAGUGCAGAAAUAUGUCAAGGAGACGGGAUUCUCGCCUCCUGAGCUGGAGUUUCUGUUUCGUAGAUUCCGCUUCCUCUGCAAGAAGUCCAACAACCUGUGUGCUGAAGAUCUGAGCAGCAACCCGAACCUGGCGGCAAACCCCUACGUCAAGAGGAUCUUUGCCAUCAUGUCGAAGAACGAAUUCGGGGAAGUGACCUUCGACACGUUUGUAAGGACGGCUGCUAUUUUCAGGCCUGGCAAGCCUGUUGUGGAGAAACUGGCUUUCAUCUUUGAUUUGUUUGAUUACAACCUGGAUGAUACGCUCGAUAUCUCCGAGCUGCACCAAAUCAUCUCCCUGGUG